UCUUGGCGAAUUUCUUCAACAGCAAAUCGACGACGACUGAAAAUUUGCAAGUUUUCCUUGUGGAAAAUCAUACGAGAUUCGAAAAGAAAAAUCAAAUCCUACGUUUUCGAAGAAAGGCAUUGAAGUACGUCAGCAAAAAUGAAAAUUUGUGGUCCAAAAUUGUCGCUCUGCGGUUUGAUUAUCUCCGUCUGGGGAAUCAUACAAUUGGUGCUGAUGGGUCUUUUCUUCUACAUAAAUAGUGUUGCGCUUAUUGAGGAUUUACCUAUUGAUGAAGAAUUUAAUUCAGUUGAAGAAUUCUAUACUGCUGCCACUAGUGCGUACAAUCAGAACGCCUACAACUGUUGGAUUGCCGCGUGCAUCUAUGUGCUUACGCUUCUAUUAAGCGCACAACAAUUCUAUGUCAACAGCAGAGCAACUGCCAAUUAAAUUGGGGAAGGAACAUCAUGCAACAGUUCGCAGAAUAUGCAAACAAAAGUACAUACCUUUUCAUAUACAAACACUUGUUAAGUUCGUUGGUUCGUUGACGUACUCCGGCCUAAGUUAUAACUCCAUCAUCAUGUGGCAGAUUAAGCAAAUGCAGGCUUUAUCAAACCAUAUUCAUGAUCAAAAAUAUACCAACAUAAAUUAUGAUGACGUUAAGCAACAACAAAUAUAUAUUAAGAACAUGUCUGCAGUAGCUGUUCCAUCACCACUAAAUCAUCGGCGUGGUCGUCGUCGUCGCCGUUGUUGUUUAUUAAUAUUAUAAUUUUUCAUUAAGUAAGCGAUGUCUGCAGUUAAUCAAUGCAAGAAUAUAAUUUUAAUAAUCAACAUUGAAUAACUGUGCACAUUAUUUACAUUUCCACCCAUUGGCAUUCGAAUGACGAUCUUUUUUUUUUUUUGGAUAAAAUCUCGUAUGAAAUUAACAAAAUUCAGCUUCAGUUAAAACCAACAGUUUGUUACUAACUUUUCGUUCUUUAAAAAUAAUUUUCCCAAAACUUAACUGUAAACACAUUCCAUGAUCGUCUCAGCGCUCUCAGUAUGCCCGUUAACAUUUUGAUUUCAGCUGUAUUACACACGCUUUGCUUUAGCUAAGCACAUUAAAAGUAUUUUUUUUUUCUUAUAUUUAUUUGUAUUUUUUUCGACGCUUAAGGAAAUUCACUGGCAGUCAACCGCUUCAAAACUACUUCAGCGUAUUUGUUCAAAAGUUCUUUUGGAAAGUCAACACUACUAUAUAUUUUUUUUAUAAUACUGUUCAAAUAAAUGCACAUUUUGUUUUUAUAAAAAAAGAAUAAUUUCAGUCAUGCUCCUCGAUGUGUGUUUGUGUGGGUAAAAAUUAAAAUACGUUCUGAUUAAAAAAUGUGCAUUUUAUUCUUGAUUUUAUUAUCUCUUCUUGUAAAAGUUAAAUAAAUCGUGUAAAUUAGUUUAAAAAAAUUAUAAAACUACAUAUAUAUA